GUGAACUCUUGACAUUCAACAUCUCCCGGCACCAGUCAUGGUGGAGUGAAAAUGGUCCUGGCUGUGUGAGAAAGGAGGCUUCAAUGUCUGGCAUCAAAGGGCUGGAUAGCCAUUCCUACAUCUCUGUGAUAGGCUGUGCCCUGGAGUAUCGGUACAUCGAGGUCAUGCACAGCUCCUUCCAGAUCCUGAUUGCGCUGGUGGGCUUUGUCUACGCCUGUUAUGUUGUUAGUGUUUUUACAGAAGAAGAAGACAGCUUUGAUUUCAUUGGUGGAUUUGAUCCAUUUCCUCUCUACCAUGUCAAUGAAAAACCCACCAACCUUUUGUUCAAGCAGACAUACCUGCCUGCGUAAGUAAAGAGGAGCCAGAGGAUGGAUAAACCUUGCACUCCACCAUCAAAGGCGCUGCAGGAAACAAUCCCCUGUGGCCUGGAUCUUUGGCAGAGGAAAUGCAGGAUGGUGAACUCCAUUCCACUUUUUUGUUCCUUGUCUUCUUUUCAAAUGCAAUGAAUGUACAUUGAAGAAUGGCCACGCAGUUGGUUUUUAAUUCUCCAAGUGCCCUGACGAACCAUUCCUACCACAGGCUGGUGGUACCAGCCCAUAAAUGGCACAGGCCUGAAACCUCAGGCUGAACAAGUUCACCGAGAGCCUCUCUCAAGAGACAGAGUUGAAGUCGGAGCUGCUUCCUUGCACCAUGGAUCCACGAAGAAGGAAGCAUUGCCUAACACCCUGGGACAUUUCACAUGUUCUGUAGUUAGUUUCUUCCCCUUCUCCUUUCCCUCGUUCCAAAAGCAGCCUCAGUCCCCUAACACAAUUUCACCUCCUUCCUGCCUGUAUAGAACCAGGCAGGGGCUAUUUACAUUUCAGUUAUUUAGGCUUUUUUUUUUUUCCUUAAGUUAUAGAUGAGACCUCUUCCCUUCUUUCCC